GUGCUGGAGCUGUCCGUGCGGCCGCCGCGCCAGCCAGGAGGGAAGAUGUCAGACUCGGAGGGGUGCCAGGAGGGUGCAGAAGGUGUGAGCCAAGUGGCAGAUGAAUCCCCUGGGGAGAGCGAGAGGCUGACAGCACAGUGGAGCGUGGAAGAUGAAGAGGAGGCGGCAAGAGAGCGGCGGCGACGGGAGCGGGAGAAGCAGCUGAGAUCCCAGGCAGAAGAGGGCUUGAAUGGCACUGUCUCCUGCUCGGAGAGUGCGAGUCCAGCACAGGAAAACCACUAUGACUUUAAGCCAUCUGGGACUUCGGAGCUGGAGGAAGAUGAGGGGUUCAGUGACUGGUCCCAGAAGUUGGAGCAGCGCAAACAGAGGUCUCCACGACAGUCUUAUGAAGAAGAGGAUGGUGGUGUGAGGGAAGCAGAAGGCAAACUGGAGCAGCUUCAGCUGGAUCGGGAAAGCCCGGAGGAGAUCCGGGAGGAGAAUGUGGUUAUCAAAGAGGAAGAAAGGUUGUGUCAGGAGGAAGAACAGGCCCAAGAGCAGGAGGAAGGGGAGCAAACCAAGCAAGAGGAAAAGAAGAGAAGAAGAAAUGAGGAAGAAGAAACACCGGAGAAACGCCAGAAGGCCCCAAGCCUUACCAGCCUGGAAGAGGAGGAGCUGUGCUCUGACCACACUGCAGUGUGCUCCACGAAGAUCACGGACAGAACUGAGUCGCUGAACCGCUCAAUACAGAAAAGUAACAGCAUAAAGAAGACUCAGCCUCCCCUCCCUGUGUCAAAGAUUGAUGACAGGCUGGAGCAGUACACACAGGCUAUUGAGACAUCCACAAAGGCUCCAAAACCUGUCCGGCAGCCCUCUCUUGACCUUCCCACCACAAGCAUGAUGGUAGCCAGCACAAAAAGCCUCUGGGAGUCUGGGGAAGUCACAACUCAGUCUGCUGUGAAGCCCUCUGCUUGUAAGGAUAUCGUGGCUGGAGACAUCGUGAGUAAAAGAAGUCUUUGGGAACAGAAGGGCAAUCCCAAACCUGAGAGCAAUAUCAAGUCCGUUCCUUCUGGCAAAAAGUAUAAAUUUGUUGCAACAGGCCAUGGCCAGUACAAGAAGGUGUUGAUAGAUGACACUGCAGAGCAAUAGUAUGCCUGGAGAACUCAUUAACCAGCUGAGCUUGGUCCUGGCUCGAUGCAACCCUCAAUGCCACUAUUUCCUCUGCUCCACAGAAGAUAAUUGAAGGAUGUUUCUCUUCUGGCUGAUGUCAGUCUGCUUUGGUACAGCCUGACUCCUCUUAGGGUGUGAAUAAUACCCCACACUGCCUUCAGAUGGAAGAAAGGAACUAUAUCAGCUGGCAAAAUCUAUCUCUGUUUUAACCUUCUAUGUGAUUCUUUGAUGCUUUUUUUUUUUUAUCUCUCUCUGCUAUGGAGAUGGGAGGCUGUGGCUCUGUUCCCUCUCUUCUUAAGUGUUGGAAGAGAGUGAUCUGCUGCCCUGCUGAGCAGGCAAGGCUUUUGCUAUGUGAUGACUUUCUCCUUUUGUGGCCCGUGGUGGCAGAGAGAGAGCUCAACAGUAACCUGGUAAAAGAAUUGGUGUUUGAAAGGAAGGCAGUGGGCAGAUUGUGAGUGUGAGAAAACUGCACAGAGAAUGUAAGGAGAGUGCAAGGACCACUUGUCACCCUGUUGGUGCCAGCUGUGGGUAAGGUCUUCCCCUGUUUACAAUGCAGCCUCUGUCCCUCUACAACAUCUGUUUUGAGGGACUUCCAUCUGUUGGUUUCUCUGUGUACAUCAAAUCACUUUCAACUUAGUCCUGUUUUUUUUUUUUUUAUUUUAGUUCCAAGAUCAUCCUUUAGUCACAGUUACAUACCCAUGCCAAAAUGUUCCUGCCACUUUUCUGUCUCAACAGUGGCAAUAGCAGCUUUGUUUCAAAUAGCUGCUACCUAUAGAAGAUGGGUUGGAGGUCUCCUUUCCCAGGCGUGAGGAGUGCUGACCACUGGUAUUAUCUCCCUUCUCUGGGAAAGUGCAAAUUAGCUCCUAGGGCUGUUUCUGAACUCUCCCACUCCUUCAUACUUUGUGGUGUUAACAUGUCCCCCAUCCCCUCUUUAAAAUUUUAAUUCCUACUCUCUUCCAUGUCAACAUAAUUUUGCAAGUUGUUUCUGCUCUCCUGGAGGGAGGACAGCUUGUCUCUCCUCCUGCAUCAGUGUGCUUUCUGCUUAAAUUUUGUGCCUCCUGAAUUUUCCUUUUUUUGUAAGCAUUUAAUAAAAUUUGAAGAUGAUGUUGUAAUGAUGGCAACUCUGAGAA